UUUUUUUCUAAAUAAAACAAAUGAUCAGGGCGGUAAUCUUGUUAGGUGGUCCGAGUAGGAAAGCAAGUUACGGAGCAUAUGAAUAAGCAUCUCCAUUAUUUCCAGUUAGUGGGAUUGAAAUUAUUGGUCAUCUUUUGAAUGCAAUUCAGAAAAUGCCAAAUUUGAAGGAUUUUGUUCUUAUGGGCUAUUAUGAUAAGAAGUGUUUCUUACAAUUUUAAGAGAAAUACUAAAAAUUGUAUGGCAAACAUAUAUAUUACGUCUAAGAAUAGAGUGAAAUGGGAACAGCAGGUGGAUUAGCAUAAAAUUUAGAAGUAUUAUUUGAAGAAGUUGAGGGUAUUUUACACAAAUUAACUCUAAGAUCUUUUGGUAGUACAUUCAGAUAUUUGUUGCGAUUUGUAAGCCUAGAAAUUCUAUGAAUAUCAUAAGAGGUAAUUUAUAUUGGAUAUCAAAAUUAGUAAAUCUGGAAUUUGCAGUAUAAUGACGGUUAGAGUAUCCAAAGAAGAAUCGACUCGUUAUGGGUGUUUGAUUAAGGAUCCUAAUACAGAUUAAUUAAUACAUCAUGCGGAGAAACCAGAAUAAUAUAUUUCAAAUUUGGUAAAUUGUGGAGUGUACCUCUUUAAUUAAUCAUUCUAAACAACAAUCUUGAAUGUAAAAGCAAAAAAAGAAGCCAAUUUAAGUGAAGAACUUUAAGAUUAACCCUUUGUUAAGUAUAUAAAAAGAAGCACAGAUUUGGAUAAGUCUUACUUGUCAUUAGAGAAUGAUGUAUUAAAAUUGACAGAAAGAGAUAGAGUUUUCGUAUAUGAACAUACAGGAUUCUGGCAAUCAAUUAAAUCAACAACUGAUCUUCUAAAUGCAAAUAGACUUCUGCUCCAAUAUUAUAGGUAAAAUCCUUUCCUAUUCAAUAAUCCUGAGUUUGAAAUUAAUGGAGAGGGAGUAUUGAUUCAUAAGAGUGCUAAAAUUCAUCCCACUGCAAAAUUAGGCAGCAAUGUAGUUAUAGGUGCUGGUUGUGACAUUGGAGAGGGAGUUCGUAUAAAGAAUUCAAUUCUAUUAGAUGGUGUUGAAGUCAAGGUAAUUAUCAUUUCAAAUUAUAGAAUUUCUCAUUUAUUUCUAAUUCAAUAAUCUGCUACAAUACGAUUAUAGGAUAUUGGUGUAGAAUUGAAGGAGAGGUUUAAUUUUUAGGGCCAUGUGUGAUAGUGGACAAUGAAUUAUUUUUAAGGGAUGUUAUUUGUCUCCAAAAUUGCAGAGUGUCUGAAAGCAAAGAUGGAGGCUGUUUGAUGUGA